AUGUGUUUCCGCGACCACAUCCCCGACCCGACCCAACAACCCAUCCGCAUCACUCAGUCCCCCGAGGCGUCCCACGACAGCGAACUCAAAAGCCACGGCGACAGCGCGCGCCACGUCCCCCCUCAUAGACACCACAGCACCGCGAGCACCAACACCAAAACCGCCGCCGCCGCCAAAAACGACCAUCACCGAUCCCAAUCCCAAUCCCAAUCCCAAUCCCAGUCCGGGCGAUCCCUCUCAACGACGUCCGAUCACCACAACUACAACGACAAUACUACCUCGCACACCAAAAGUGCAAAGGAACUACGCAGACUCAAGGCCAAAGAUCCCAACGUCAUCGACAAGAUGAACAUGUACCCGCCUCGAGCGAUGAUCGUAGGAGGUUUCUGA